AUGGCUCCUGGGGGGGCCCAUCCCGCUCUGGUCUCUGCCUGGCUCUUGUUUCUCUGCUCGGUCGUCUCAGCUGGGGUUCACCGCUUCACCCACUCCCAGAUCAUUUUGCCGCGGGCGGCCCCCGGGCUGCCCAAGCGCCAGAGCCUGCUGCAGGUGAACGGCCUGGCGCUCUCGGCCUACGACAGCAGCAGCCGGAGGAUGAUGCCGCGCAACGGCUACAUGCAGGGCGACCAGGAGACCCACCAGUUCUGGAGCGUCAGCACCGCCCGGUGCAUGUUCUGGGACCCCUGGGUGGAGACCGAGUACCAGGCCCUGGUGCGGGUGGUGAACACCAGCUCCCCAAAGGCCGAGCCCUACUACAUGCAGGUCGUGCAGAGCUGUGAGCUGGACGAAGCCAGCGGCGCCGUCCGAGCCGUUACCAGGUACGCCCUGAACGGGGAGGACGUGCUGCAGUACCACGGGGACCAGAACCGCUGGUUCUCAGUGCACCCGGCGGCCUGGCGUGUGGCCGAGCGCUGGAACCGCGAGAGGGAGACGCUGGCCGGGAUCAACGCCCACACGCCGCAGCAGUGCGGGACCUUCAUCCGGAUCACGGCGCCAUUCACCAUGCAGACGACAGCCCAGCCCACGGUGCACGUAUCCCUCGUGCAAGGAACCCGGGGCCGGCCUCGUCGCCUCCUGUGCCACGUGACAGGGUUCUACCCCCGUGACAUCGAGGUGACCUGGGAGCAGGGGGACCGGGGGGCCCUAAGGGAACAGAGGACCAGCGGGAUCCGGCCCAAUGGAGACCCCUCCUUCCAGAUCCGAGUGUCCAUCGAGCUGGGGCUGGGGGAGCACGUGUGUGUGGUGAGACAUGUCAGCCUGGGGGGCGCCCCGCUGAGGAUCACCUGGGAUCCCCAGGCCAGAGGCCAGGCCGGGUCCCUGGGCGUCCUCGCCGGCUGCGUGCUGGCUGCUCUGGGAGCCGCCGCCCUGAGCUGGUAUCUGAGGGGGAGGGCAGGCCGCUCGGAGGGGCUGUACCGCCCGGCGCAGGCACAGCCAGGAGCCCUCGACUCCGCCCUGGCUAAGCCAGGAGACACCUUGGCCACAUCUCUGUCCUGCCCAGGUGUCACCGCGUGACCGUCGCUGUCCUGGGCUAACACCACAUGGGCCAGCCUGGGCGAAGAGGAGGUCCUGGGGGGGUCGUGGAUUUGGCCAAAACUUCCUGAGGUUACGGGGAGGGAGCAGGUGUAACCCUGCCAUGCCUCCAUCCUGUGCUCUCCCCACCACCUCCAGUCACCCCUGUGCCCCAUAGUGCCCAGCCCCCCAAAUGCCAGUCCCCAGCCCCACCCAGGGGGCACCGCAAUCAUGCGCGGGGCAGGGGUGAAAUGGUGGCGCUUUCAAGCCACCAACCAUCAGUACACGUGGAACCUUCACAGAGUUUUUUACUGGAGCCGUUUUGUUGCCUUGGUUUGCCCAGGUGCUGCGCACGGCCGGCUCUGCACCGCUGGCGUCAGCAGGAGCGGGUGGACUUGGAAAGGGGGCACUGGGGCUCAGGAUGCCUGGGUUCUCUUCCUGCCUUUGUGGCUGGCUGCCCUGGGGUGGGUGGACCGAACAUCUUGCAGAUCCAGCAUUUCUUCUCACUUGGGGGGAGAGCCCACCUCUGCCCCUUGCAGCACAGUGCCCCCAACCAAGCCCCCCUCUGCCCCUGUGCAUGCUGCUCCCUACUGAGCCCCCAUC